ACAAAAAUAACAAGUGCGGGAAAAGGGCGAACGAAUUAUUUAUGAUUUGAAGAAAACACACCGAUACCAGUUAAAUUCAAAUCAGACAGUGCACAGUUGAAGGUAUUUUGUUUUGGGUUUCAAAUUAUUUAUGUUAGUUUUGUCGCAGCAUGGUCAAAUCCAAGAGGCAGACGGAUCCAUUGCCUGCUACUCAUCGAGGCAGUGUCAGCGUCAGUGGCAGCGCCAGCUCAAUGGAACACACCUACUGUGUGGUCCUACAUGUCGUAGAAGCCAUCAACUUCUACGGCCGUGAGAUGAGAGAGGCGGAGCGUAGGGAACAGAUCAUCAUGACGGCUGCUCUCAACACGGUCGACUUCGAGGUGGAGGGCACACCCUCUAGCACAGCCGAAACGAUAGUCUUCAAUAGCAACUGCAUCUGGGAGUGUGACAUGGCCGGCAUCAAGCGCAUCAAGACGGACCAUCGUCCGGUGAAGGUCAUCUUCUACUCCUGCAACAACUCGGAGCGCAAGACAAUUGGCUCUCUGCUGCUGCCACUGCGUGGCUUGCCCAUCCACGGCGUUGGGGGCAACAAUUGUCCGCUUCAGCUGAAAAUGUUCUGGCACAAGCUGAUCUGCGUUAACAAUGAGUUUCGCUCCCAUAAGCCUGAGGUUCUCAUGCUUCUUGCCAUUAUCAAAAAGUCGCUGCUGCACACCAAGGAUUUCAAGCAUCUGAUGGCGUUCAACGAAAAACAGGCGCGUACGCCGCCGCUGCAGUCGCCCGGAAAUUCGAUUACCUCCAACAUGUUACAGUCACAGGCAAAUAUCUAUGUGCAAUUGCUGGUGCAAUUGGGUUUGCUGCAGGUGGGCAAUGAUCCUCUGGUCGAUUGUGACAUCAUCGAGGUGGUGCUGCAAUUCAAGCAGGUCAAGAACGUCAACGAGUUUGUCAGGUCGCUCUUUAACGGCAAGGAAGACAAGGAAGACAAGGUGACCAACGUUCAACUAAUGUUCGAUUUUGUCGGCAACGUCACGAAGAUUGAUCUAAAGUUGAACAAAUCAGAUUCCUAUGCGCUCAGUGAUGUUUUGGGGAUGCGUUUCAAGUCCUCGCUGCGCAGCAUACGUUUAUAUUUCCAGCGUAUAUUCUAUUUGCCAAUUAAUAUGUACAUUAAUGGCACAUCCAUAGCCAACUAUCGCAUGGACUUUGGUAAAUUACUUCCAUCGGAUGAUUACUUUGUCGAGAAUCAGAAAUAUGUGCACAGAGGCAGUUUUGCCUUUGAGCGCUUUGGUCGCCUGGGCAGUGCUCGUGAGCUGAAGCCAAUUAUGGACUUCACCUUUACGGUUGACGUACUGGAGGUCAAAGGUGGCCAGCAGGACAAGCAGCCCGGCGAGCAGCAGCUGGAGCUGCAGAAGGAGCAGCUGGAUUUGCAAUCGGUGGGCAGCAAGGCAUUCAUACACGAAGUGCCUGAUGCUCGGGGGCAAGAAAACAUGACCAAUUGGCAGUCCAAUGCCGAAAAGCAUUAUACAUCUGAAGUUGCUUCAGUGCACAGCUUGAAUGUGGGCGCCGAGUUGUCUGCCUCGGAAGAGUCCGUCUCAGAGUCAUCUCCCACACGUCGCAGAAAGUUCACUCGGCUAUUGGCAAAUAAUCCGGUUCAGGAUGAUGCGCAGCAACUCUGCAAUGAUCAAGUGUAUGCCUCAAAUCAAAUGACUCGCGUGCUGUCGCCGAGACGUGUGCCUGAAGACGAACAGGAUGAUGACUUCGUGGAUUUACCCGAAGAACUUAGCUUAGACUCUGACAUGUCAGACACUUAUGGUACUGUGGAAAAGCCAAGGAAGUUGAAAACGAACUCAGUUGCUUUUGUGGAAAGGCAACCAAUACAAAACACAGCGAGAAACGAAAAGAAUUUCAAUAAUUCCGAAUAUAUUGAUUCACAUAAUGAUCAACUUGAAUUGAAGGUGGAUGAAACUACAACGCCAGUGAAUGUACAGGAACAAAUGCAGCUCAAGCCGUCGCAAAUGCCUAAAAUUAGAAGAAAGGCAACUUUCAAUAAUGCUGAUAAAUAUGAGAUUGAUGACAGUAAUAAUGACGAUUCCUGGUCUCAAUUAGAAAAGGAAAGUGAGAUUUUACCACCACCUCAAGAGGCUAAGCAAGGGCAUAGGCGAGUAAUCAAGCCUAAAGCUAUUCAAGAGAUAAAAGAACUAAUAACACUUAAAUCUCUCUCUGACGAGUCGGAUGAAAUGGACUCAAACCGUCUAGCGGCAACCCAUAGCAAACUUAUUGUAAAAAAGACUAGAAAAACCACAACAACAACUAUAAAGAAACUAUCUGAGAAUGAAGCGUUGAGCGUUAAACCGAAUAAGAAGAAUGCUUUAAGAAAAGAAGACGUCGAGCUAAUACCCAAUGAGUUAAAUACUCUUAAGGCAUUGCCCCGAAAUAGAUUUAUGCCUUCUGUGGAUAGUCUUAAUGCAGACGAAAUCGUCAGAAAGCCAAGAAAGAGAAUUGUGGUCGAUCCAUUGUUAGAUGUGGAUUCAGUAACAGAAAGUGAGGAGCAGAUACAAUUCCUACAAAACCCACCAAAUAAAUGCAAAAAUAAAUCGAAGCAUGUAGCUCAAGCGGAAACUAAAAUUUGUGAGACAGUGUUAACCAGAAAAGCACCCAAAGUCACGAGGACUGCCAUGUCAAAAAAUGAUCUCUCGCUAUGUGCUCGCUGGGUGCAGGUGAGUAAGGAGCAGACCAAAGUCUUACAGGGAACGGAAAUGUAUAUUAAUGCCACAUGUACAGUGGACCCUGGUGCAAACUACAACGGCGAACAGACCUCAGCAGAGAGUUGCCCUCCCCUAACACAGAGAAUAAAUAUUGAAUGUAAUUCGGAAUUAGAAUCAAGUGUGGGCAGUUGCUUCAUAGAGAAGCCGCAAUUUUAUCCCAGAGAAGUGAAACGGCAGGCGAAACAGUUGAGGCCCAAGACAAACAGAGUAAAAGAUUUGACACAGCUUCGAACAGAACGUGUGGAAAUUAUGCUCACUUCUGAGAUGGAUUCCACAGAGCUUGAGGAAGACAAUUCAGUUCAAAAGACAGCGAAAAGAGCUGUUCAUAAAUCAUCUUUGCAAGACUUUUUGGAUGCGGAGGAAACAAUUGCUGAGAACCUGCGACAGAGUCAGAACUUGGCCAACAAUGAUGACCGCCUAAACCAGAUGCAAUUCGUGAAGGCAGCCCCUGAUGCAGAUUCGAUUGAAUUUGAGUCUUCUGCGAAGGCAAAGAUACACUUGAAGAAGUGCACAACGAAAGCAACUGCUAUCAAUCAUUCAAACCAAGAUGUCAUCGGCAAUCCUUGCUCUAGCGCUAAAAGGGAUAGAUCUCAAGUGAAAACUGAUGCUCAAACGAAAUCAGGAGACGCAGCUAAAGUUCACACCAAGUGCUCGCAUCAUGUAACCAAUAUGGAUGUUAGGUAUAAUCCUGGACAGCAGCAACCUAGAAUAACGCAGCAGCAGCCGAUGGGGAAGCUCAAUAGCCACUGUGGCAAAGAAUCAGAUUACGCGUCCAAAUUUAGUCUGAUGGAGCAGCACAUAGCCGUGCUGGAGCAGCACUUGCGGAAUUUUGAGAGUCGCACACUGCAAAUGCAGGAGGAGAACUCCAAGCUAUCGCUGGAGAAAAGCCAGCUGAAAGAACGCGUCCUUCGCAUGGAGUUGCAUAUCGCGCAGCUGGGACAGCAGAGCCGCAAUGGUCAGGAGCUGCAGCAGUUGCUCAACGAGAUACGUGUACAGAACGUACGGUACCAGGACAUGUCCAAGGCCAAGGAUCAGUACAAGAGACAGUGGCGGCGGUGUGCCAAGCAGGUGCACACUUUGAAGCUGGCCCUGUAUGAGAAGAAUUUGCAGGAGGAGUACCAGAAACUGUCAGAAGGUGGACUUAAUUUGAAGACCGUGCUCACCCAGGAUGCUGUUGAGUUUGAGCGUGAAUAUGGACGUUAUCGUCGCUCAGACGCUGAGCUCAGUUUUUCCGGUUCCGGCGACUCACCGGAGCCCCUGCUCAAGGAUUUUCUAGUUGGUCUCUCCAGUCAUGCGGUGCAUCAUCAUAAACCUGCCAAUCACGCGGAAGGCUCUCGCAUGCAUUAGUUACAUUGAAAUUCAACCAAAUUAUCUGUGAUGUCUACAAAUAUUUUAUUUAAUCAUUUUUUGGGUUUAAAUUUUUUUUUUUUUUUCGUUGCUUUGUGAUUCAAAUUUAUGUUUUGUGUUUGAAAUAAACUAGUUUUAAGUGAGCUUA